AGAAAAACUUUAGCACCGAAAACAUCCGGUGGACCAAGUCUACAUAGUACGAAGUCGUCUUCCUCGUCUUUCUUACCUCCUCCACCUCCACAGCUCCUGCCCCAUUCCUCCUUCCUCUCAAAUUUGUAUUCAAUCUCUGUUAUCUGCUUCUCUUUUGUAAUCCCUUUUGGACGAAUUUCAACAUUCUGCUGAAUUCUCAACCUCGGAUUGACUUUGAUCUGUCCGAUUAGGUCGCUUUAAGAUGGAAGAAGGAAAAGCGGCUGAGAGCCAUUUGACAUCAGCAGCUGCUUUUGUCGAAGGUGGAAUUCAGGAUGCUUGUGAUGAUGCUUGCAGCAUAUGUCUUGAAGAUUUCUGUGAAAGUGAUCCAUCCACGGUUACUAACUGCAAGCAUGAGUUCCAUCUUCAGUGUGUUCUUGAAUGGUGUCAGAGAAGCUCCAAGUGCCCUAUGUGUUGGCAGCCUAUCAGUUUGAAGGAUCCUGGCAGCCAGGAGCUGCUUGAUGCUGUGGAGCAUGAAAGAACAAUUAGGAUGAAUCCACCUCGAAACACUACUAUUUUUCAUCAUCCAACUUUGGGGGAUUUUGAGCUUCAGCACUUACCAGUUAGUGCUACUGAAUCUGAGUUGGAAGAGCGCAUUAUUCAACAUUUAGCUGCUGCAGCUGCUAUGGGAAGGGCACGCCAUUUUGCCCGGAGGGAAGGUCAGAGGACCAGAUCAUCAGCUCACGGGCGUCCCCACUUUCUUGUGUUUUCAACAAAUCCAAAUGCACCCCCAGCUGCAGUGGCUACUUCCUCUCCAAAUUUUGAGGGUGGGGUUGAACCUGAACCAGUUAUGACUGGUGGCUCUGCAUCUCCUUCACUAACUGUUGGGGGGGAUUCUACUCAAGCAAAUUCAGUACCUUCUAACAAUUCGGAUCAGCUUUCUACUUCAUUAUCAGGAUCAAGUGCUGUAGCUAUUCAACAUGGAAAUGUGAAUAUGAGGAGGUCCCCUACUCCUUCAUCGCCUAGCAGUCAGGAUAGAGCUGGACCGUCAGAUUUCCAAUCCUUCUCAGAAUCUCUUAAAUCCCGAUUUAAUGCUUUAUCAACAAGGUACAAAGAAUCGAUCACGAAGAGCACAAGGGGCUGGAAGGAGAAGUUGUUUCAGCGUAAUAAUUCUGCACAAGACAUUGGUCCUGACAUAAGAAGAGAAAGCAAUGUAGGGAUUGCUACUGUAUCUCAAAUGAUGGAGAAUCUGGAAACUGGAGACAACAGAAGAAACGAAACAGCUUCUGUAUCAAAUAAUGAAGUGGACAACUCAUCCACCGGUCAGUCCAACCAACAUAACGAAAUAGCCAGUGAAAGCUCUUUGAAUGAGGAUAACAUCCACACUCCACCAGCUACAAGUUCUGCCUCGAGUUGAGUCUCCGCUGAGGUUAUCUUCACCAUUUGCUAUGAAGUGAGUUUUCAAUUUAAAAGCAAUCGUAUUUGUUUUCUGUGCAUGGAAUCAACUGAACUUUUGGGGGGGGGGGGAACUUACCCUUGUUUUCCCCUUAAUUGUGUCUUUAUCUUAGUCCGAGUCUAACUUCUUUAGGAGUGUCUUAUUGGAUUUAUGUAAGUUCUGUAACUUGAAUGUUCUUGUUAUUGCAAAGCUAGUAUCAGUUCACUGCCUGGUAUUUUUGAGUGUUACUGUGGUUUUUAUAACUUUACAGUUUGCAUGCAUACAUGUCAUGAGAAAAUUGGAAAAGCAGUGGUGACCACUUUAACUUAAUUCAGAACCAUCUCUGCGUUAUUUCCUAAGUUCCAUUAUAUAGUAUAUACCCUCAGUAUUUUAAAUGUACUCCAGAGCAAUGGCUUUUAACUGUAAUUGAAAUGAUUGUGAAUAAAACUUGAGGCCCAGAGACAGAAAAUCAUGUUUUUUCCUCUGUAAUUGUCAGUAAAGUCUCUUUGUUAUUCUUGUGUCUAUAUGUUGCAUCUUAGUGGUUUGUCCUAUUUUGAUUUCUGCCUUCAUUGAACUUCUUCAUAGUAAUAUAGGGUAUUAGAAAGAAAGUUGGAUUGCAUCUAUAGGUGAGAAAAUGAGUGAACUACUCACUGUUAAAUGUCUUUGACAUGAUUGGCGUAGAUCUUCAGAUGUUGCCAUAAGAUGCAUAGAAAACACAAUGUUUAAUCCAAAUUGAAGUGGAAAGGGAAUACGUGAAGUUAUUUGGAAGGAACUAUCAACAAAGACAAAUCUGAAUUUGAAUGAACUUUGUGUUAUUAGUGAGCACGAAAACAACAAAUGAUUCAUAUAGCCAACCCCACAUAGUGGAUUGAAGCGUUGUUUGUUGUUAUUGUUCUUCAGAGUGAACUUAAGCAUAGUGUUGAAAGGAAAAUUCCUUCAGAGGGAGGAUCAGAUAGACUCCGAGAAAUUGAUGAUAUUGGUUGCUGAGUGAUUGUGUCUUUAGAGCAUUAGUAUCCUGUGUGAGUUGCCUUUUUCUUUUGUUUUUCCUUCUCUUUUUCCAUUUUGGCUUUAAAUCUUCUUUGACUGAUUUAUUAUGGUCUUUGUGCGUCAGAUGAUCAGUAGUACUAAGAGAUUCUUAUGACCUCUUUCCAUGCUUUUUGUGUUUGUGUUUUUUCCCUGGCCCGAUACUAUUCCCCCCUCUAUCUUUAUGUAUGACCUUACUGCUCUUUUCCGUCAAUGAUGCGUAUCCACCUGUCCUUUUCCUCUUUCCCUGGCAACUCCAUUAGCUAAAAAUUCAAAUUUUUUUCUUCCCUUAUUGUGAUACACCUUCUGACUGGGGUCAUUGGGGGUCUGAGGUGAUAGUUCAUUGGAGAAUGUUUGUAAAUAACUCUUACUCCUCAAGAAUGAUUUAGUUGAUUGUCUUAUUGGCAAUGUUGCACGCUUCAUUUGCAUUUUUCCCGGUGUUAGAUGGUGUGCUUAUUGAACAUAUUGGUGAGCCUUUGGCAUUGUGCAUCUCAAGAUGAGUACUUAGGAUAUAUAACAUAUUGCAGUUUUAAUCCACACCUCUUGCUAAUUAUAUCCUUGGAAGUAAUAUUACUAAUAUGUUUGUGCUUUAAGUUUCGAACAUGGAAGUUGACAACCUACUUUUGUUCUUUCUGAGUGCUUUAAUGCUAUCAAGUUCUUUGCCAAAUAAAGCGAAGAGUAUGUUUUGUGCUAAUUAUCUGUGAACAAAAUUAUUGAAGUGGUUUACUGGUGAUUUGAACCACCUGGAUUUGAUAGCUGUCGGUUUCAAUAGAAUUUCCUGUUGAGUACAUUUCCUUAGGUCUGUUGAGUUACGUAGAACGGUCCACGGUAGAAGGUGUUAGCUGUCUUUGCAAGACAUGUCAGAGUACUGUGUAAUGACAUAUAGGAUCCAUAUUUAUACCUUCGUUAAUAUUUCUUUUCUUCUUUUGAAGAAAGGAAGGUAAGUAGAAUGAAUGUGUAGGCGUGCAGCACAUUGAAUGAGGGAUAGGAAGCUGUUGGAGUAUCCAGCGGAGAUAUAUUUGAGAGGAUUAUAUAUUUGGUGCACAGUCUAUGCUUCUCUUGUUUAAUUUAUAUAAAUCCCAUUUUUACCCUGGUGGUGAUAUUAUUUCUUUUAUAAUAGAUGUCUGUAGUACCGGGUUAGGAAAUCUGCUGGGUGCUUGAGAUUUUUGAGAUAGAUUCAAGAAAGUGAAACUUUAGAAAAGUGUAACGGUAAAAGAAACCAUGGCAGAAUAAAAUCUGGGACCUGGGCUUUCUCUAUGUUUAAAAUUUGAAAUGUCUGUAACCGGAUGGAGAGCAUUCUUUGGCUCUGUAUUGGAGUGUGUCGGUUUUCCAUGUAUUUUACUUCAUUUUUCAGUGCGCUUCUUUACAUUUUCUAUAUGCCAUUAUGCAUUUUCUCUUACUCUGUUGUUAUGUUAUAAUCAGAACCAGGGGAUUGCUUGUAUGUAAUGCUAAUUAUAUUCCACUUGUUGGCCUGUGUGUGUGUGGAUGAAGAAUCUUGGUUGUCGAAGUUCUUUAAGCGUGUUUUGAAAUAUGUGUUUGACCAGGUGAGAGCUUUCCAACGUCGAUUGAGGUGGCGUGAUGCUUGUCUUUCAAUGAUCCUUGUCAAAAGUUGGUAGUGCAGGAGAAGUAAGAAUUUGAUUGAAUCUCGUACAAUCAAAUAAACGUAGAGAGCAGAUCUCUUGGAGCUUGGAAUUACAUUAUGUGACAGUAUAGUUGUAAAUUGACUGGAAUAUAAAAAAAAAAAUCAUAUGAUAUAUCUAAUCUAUCCGUAUUUGGUAUCUUUUCGAUGCUAGGUGUACUGUUGUAAAAUAUGAUAUUCAUAUCAUUUAUGGAAGUUCCACGGGUCUUUUAUCAGUAUUCAGUGCUGCUGUAUUACUAAUUUUGAGAUCAUUACAUGCUUUCUUUUCCUUUUAUUAGGUACUUAAGUU